AUAUGUAGUUGUGUGGACUACAGCUUUAGCCCAUAGCCAAAGGGUCACUAUUUGCAGCGUGAAUCUCAAUUUUAAGUCGUUAUCAAACUUUCGAAUAUAUAUUUAAUAACCAUGCCUUACCCGGGACUCGAACCCAGGACCCUUCGCACCGUAAGCCGGUGUGCAUCCGACUACACUACGGAGGUCGGCACAAUUCACUUCAAAUAAUCUUAUUUACAUCGAAACAACGAUCGAAAAUUAUCGAGCACAUAAACAAUAAUCAAAACAUCACAAUUCCUCUAACAUAAAUUACAGAUUUUACAAUAGGGGCACAUUACGACUUAAUUCUGAUUGGAUAAAAUUUUUAUCUUGUACGAAUCCUUCCACAGAUAUUGGAACACGGCCGAUUACAAAAACUUUCAUGAAAACAGCUCAGCUACACCCAGGUUUGGUUGGCAACAUAGGUACAUAAUUUAUACUAACAAAAUGUCACUCUUAUUUUAAAUGUAUCACAAAAUGGCGCAAAUUUAAUUAAACUUCAAUGAAUAUUUCGCCCUUACAGUUUUUCUUUCGUUUAAAACUAAUUCUACCGUAUCGAAAGAACACCUUCCUUAAUUCGAUGUAUCGAAAUACACCAAUUCUUCGUCUAACAUCGAAUGUUAUCGAAAAAUGGGAUUGUUUCGAUGCAUCAAAUCGUAUAAUCAAUUUUUUCGAUACAUUGAUGUAUAUCGAGUAUUGCUACAUUUCAAUGACAAUUUCAUCAGUCAUGAGUGUCAAAUGAGGUUUCUCGUUCCUGGAAGAAGUCAGCUGAUGCUUCUUAAAUUAUUAAUUUGGUAAGUUUAUGGAAGCUUUAUUUAUUAUAAAGUAAACAUAAUGUGCAACGGAAUCAUGUUAAAAGUUUUAUUUAAAAAAUACGGCAUAACAUAACACAUUUUCCGACCACAGUUGUUUCCAAGAUCUUGACCGGAAAUUUCUGGUUGGGGUAAUUCCUGAUUUUAAAGAGUAGUGACUGGUAAAUGGAGGAAGAAUAAGAUAACAAAAAUAGUGCUUUGCAUGUUCAUUCGUAUAGUGUUGUUUAUCUGAGGAUUGAGUGUGUAAGUUUCUUUUCACCAAAUUCUUGAAAUGUUUUUGUACUAUGAAAGUAUUGCUAAGAAUUUUUUUUUAUUUUAUUUUUUUAUAGAAAUAAGGGACAGCCACAUCUAGAAAAUACUGGAUGUUGACAUGGACUCUUCUAUUCAUAAAUCUCAACAGAAUACUGAGAGAUGGCAGAUGAUAAGAGCAGAGGGCAGGCAGCGAUGGAAACGUCCCUGUCCAUGUCCUUCGAUGAGGAGUCCAACACGGAGAAACUGGCGCGGAAGACCAAGGACGCUCCGUUCUUGGUUGCCGGAGUGGUGGGGUGCACGCUGGCCUGUGCGUACGGCGCCUACAUGUUCAAGCGCCGCAGCCUGCCCAUGUCCGUGUACCUGAUACAGCUGCGCGUGGCCGCGCAAGGCACGGUCGUGGGCUGCCUGGCCGUGGGGCUGGCCUACUCGCUGGCGCGGACGUACCUCUUCAAGCCGUCCCCCGACGACGGCAAGAAGUAGGAGUCCGUGCCGGCGACGAGUGUUCCUGGGCAGUCGCGGCGCGUCUAGAGAGCCUUCUGUCGCUUCCGUCGUCGCCGUAGUGGUUCCGUGUAUCCUUCGCUUUUCAUUAGAGCAGAACAAGAGUCCUGCGUAUGUGUAUCAGUAUUACUUUAAAAUGCAUUUUAUUGUGUUGUUUUAAGUUAGAAAUAAUUUUAAUUGUUUUUUUUUUUGCAAACUUUUUUUUUUGAUUUCUUAUCAAUGUUCCUGUAUCUGGGAGGCGUAAGACACCAUCUUCACUUUCGGGCCAAAGGCAUUCUAUCCAAAAAAAUUGACCGCAGUUUGACGUUCUUUCUAAGAUCCACGAUAUGUCAAAUAUCCACAAAUUUCAGGUUGAAAAUAUUGAGGAAACAGGUGAUAUUACUAUUUAAAAUUCUUUAAAUUGAUCUCAUGAAAAAAAAAAAAUGGUUUAUGUGACAUACAUGGUGUCUUAUGCCUCCGAGGUACAGAUGUUCACACACACAUGCACACAAGUGCACAUAUAUGUGUUUGUGAAAAUAAUUGGUUGUUACCGUUGUUCUCGAUUAUUUAUUAUGUUGUAAUUUCUGUGUAAUUAAGUGGUUAAUAUUGUGUCUGCAGUAUUUUGCAUAACCAUCCCCCAACCUGUGUUAUCAUCACAACUCUGAAGCACACUACCUACAGGAGACACACUUGGGCAAAUCUACAAAAUAAACCUUUUAUUAAAAUUUCUUUCACCCAGGAAAAUUACUUUUGACUUGUAAACAACCCUCUCGGGUCAAGCUGCAAACAGUAAAAAUCGAACAGCAGAGCAACAAAUUAGCAAAGUUCUCGAGAUCAAAACAAAUUAAGGAGUUAUAAAAAAUCGGUUAAGAAGAAGGUAACAAAGAUUAUGCAAUCACAGAACUUUGAAUAAAUAUUGCUAACACUAUAUUUGUUCAUCAAACACAAACGAACCUGGUACAUUAGCAAAUAUAUAACUUUUUAUAAAUAUCAUGGUUCCAAUCACCGCCACAAAAUGUGACUCUUAUUAAAUAGGCUAUUAUUAAAAUCUAACCAAUAUUUAUAAAAAAAUACCAAUAGUAAAACUGUUCAUCAAACAAAGCUAUUCUUCACUGCCGGUGUUGCUGACCUUAAAAAAUAUAAUAUAACCAAGCAAAAAAAUAAACCAUUGAAAUUUAUUAAAACCCUAAGUCUUAAAAGUCUUUAUAAUGUGUUCACUUAAGCCAAGGCCACAUAGAAAGCUGUAUUUUCGAUGUUCGCUAUGUCCACUGUGCCAAAUGGCCACGCAGGAUAGUCAAGUUCGCGAUGUCAGAGAGACGCAUGCCAUGGGAUUCCAGUGAUGAUUCCGACGAUGACGACAUUCUGCUGGCUCUCGCAGUAUGUGAGCGUAAAAAGAAACGGGUUCAUGUAUUUAAUAUAAAAACAAAAGAAUUUGAAGAAUUUCAUUUGGUAAAGCAGUGAGGACGAAACCAAAUUUACGGAUCAUUUGAGAAUAAAUACAAUUCAGUUUGAUAGCAUCCCUUUGGAAUCAAAUCCCGGGCAUUGUCCUGCAUAUCCUGCCUUCCGUAUUCUUCCAUUGAUUUAUUCCAUAAGCAUGGAUAUUUUUGUAUUAAUCUUUCAAUUAACUUUCCCGUCAACUUGGCUAUUUGAAGCACAAUACUGAGAGAAAUAGCAGAGAACCAAGCACCUGGCGACGUCGCUAACAUAGCGAACACAGCUCCGUUUGGCCAGUGACACCUGAAAUGCAGCUGGCUAUAUUCUGCUCACGUAAAAAUACACAGUGAGUAUAACGCCCUGUAUGGUCGUAGCUUUACAGUGCACACAUUAACAUACAGUGAUCACAGCCAGGAAUUUUUCUAUUUUUAAAGGGCACUUUUUCUUAUUUCUUAAUGUUGCCUGCGAAAAUUCCAUUACCGAACCGAAUAGUGUCCGACAAAAUCGCAUGCCCAGAACAAAUACUGGCAAAACUAACCUCCUCCCAAGUAUUCUACCUCAUACCAAUGCAAGGUGAGUUCGUGCGAACGAGCUUGGCCAAUUCAUUUGUGACACAUUGUGUCGGUGUGCAGCAGACAAAAUAUGGUAUUGGAAAUUCACGCAUUAAGUAAUUCCUUCAGUUGGCGAAGUUAAUUGGCAAUUUGUACACCGUUGAAAACUACGUGUCCAAGUUCAUGCAAAAUGGUUCCAUAGUGGCGCAGCGAUAAAUCUCUCUUGCGCCCGGAUCACUGGCCAUCACGUUAGUGCUGAUUGAUAGUGAAACAUUCUGCUUGUCUGACGUAAGAUACUCGUCUGAAAGUGUAUAUAUAUAUAUAUAUAUAUAGGUGCCACUCAACGGCAUACUCUGCGGCCGUAUGCUCGGAGCUAAAAAUAGCUGUGAGCUAAAAUUAGCUUGGGGCAUCUGCCUUCGCACAUAUUUACUGUCAGUUGUAUUCUUACUGGCUGGAAAAAAAUUUCAUCAUAGCUUCGAAAAUGAACCAUGCUUCACAAAAAGAAAUAUAGGCCAAUUUUGAUUAGAAUUUAAGGAUAUCAACUAACUAUGCUAUAAAAAAAAAGUCAAAAUAUUAAGUAAUCCAAGAAUUUAAAUAUAAUAUAAGUCUAGCAACUUCUUUGAAGUUAACUUGGGACAUUUUCCUCAUUAAACAAUCAGUAAAAUUUUUUUACAAAGUUUAAUAGCUCUUUUAUAUUUCAGUAAUAUUGUAAUUAUUUUCAAAUUUGUGUCUCAAAUUAGAUGAUUCUGAGAGCUGUGUUUCAAAGUAUUUGUAGACAUAUCCAAGUGUCAUUGUUGUUUCACUCAAUUGUUAUUUCAAGUCACAAGUGUUAUAGCACAUUUCCUAUUUUCUGUGUUCCUCUGUAUCCUCUGUUAAAUUAUACAUUUACAGUUUUUGAUUUUAGUAUGGUUGUAUUUUGUUAAUAAACCUUUAUUACCUAUUGAUAUGACUUAAAUUUUUAGGAUGUGAAAAGAAAACUCAUAAACUGCAUACAUAAAACCUAUUUAUGUAUUUUAAUUUGGAAAUAGAAUUUUCUGAGAAAAUAUUGGUAUAAUUAACUUAGGUUUGUCUGAAUUUUAUUUGGUAAAAUUGUAAAAAAAAUUGAUUAUUUGUGUUAAGCUAAUAUAUAUAUGUUUGUAUAUUUAUGAAUAUUAUGACUGUUAAUAAAUAUGUAAAACAUUUAUUUUAAAAAGUCUCUAUUUAUGAACAUUCAAUACUAUCCAUCCAUUUGCUUUUGUAAUUAAUGAAAAAAUUGCAGUCUGAAACUCUGUGCAAAGUUCAAAAAUCUGUAUCAUAUGUUGUAAUACAGGUAUUUGAAUUUGAUUGGCAAGCUCUCUCUAAUUUAUCAUGUAUGUACUUAAAUAUUAAUUUUCUUUAAUUAGAAUCAUGUAUCAUUUCUGAAAUGUUUAAAAUGAAACUGCAAUGUACACCAUUCUUUGACUUUGAAAGAAAUAAACAAAUUUUGUUUGAA